CAGGAAAACCUGAAUAGGGGCGAGCUUCCUCACCUGUCUCACCUUACCUGUUCAAACAAACGGCUCCGUUCGAAACUCUACCCCAACCGAAUUCACCGAAUUCCACCAGGAAACCAAACGCAAAUGAUAGUUAGAAAAGGUGGUCUAAACAAAGUAUUUGUUAGGCCUAUCUCCAAGCCAAUUUAGAGACAUGGAGCCGACGUACCGCGGUCUAGGGCGCUGUUCCUGCGCCUUUUGGUUGGCAGUGUCCUUCGACAUAUUCGGACUGCUCGUUCUUUUGAUCGGUGUUUUUGCGGACAUAUUCUUCUAUGACUUUUUAAUCUACGCCGGGGCCAUCAUCAUCUUCCUCAGCCUCGUCUGGUGGGUGUUCUGGUACACGGGCAACAUCGAGGUCCCCCCGGAGGAGCUGGAGGAUGACGUCGGGCUCUUGAAGAAGGAGCGGGGCAUCGCAGGUGCGGUGAGGCGGUUAUCCAGCCGUCUCUCCAACAGUGUCAGGAACUCUCUGCGGCGGAAUGGAGGCCCCCCCCGCGGGGUCGCGAGAAGGACAGGGACCGGGCUGUCUACGACGCACAUGAGGGAUGCCCAACAGCAACCGAAGCCCCCGCCUGUCGUAUUGACGAUGGGGCCGCUUUAUGAGGACAUGCACACGGUGUCUGCAUCCGUGGACACUGACAUACCUGUCCCACACACAGCUACAGAGACCUCGGCCAUAUGAUGCGCAAUGCGCACAAGGUUAGCCUAAUAUUUCCAAUCGGUCAUUAAGCCAUUUAGGCUAUAGUCUAGGGAUACAUUUUGUUAUUGGAUAGGCCUAAUUUUCAUUAAACAUGUGCAUGGAUUAUAGGUUUUAUAGGCCAACUUCAUUCUAGGCUAUUGUUUUUGCUUGAUAAUAGCCCACAACUUUGAUCCACAAAAUGGAUUCAGUAGGCUAUAAUGUUCCUUAUAAUACAAUUAAAUGACAAUGUGUUUCAGUGAAUGAGGAAAGAAACUGUGUGAUCUAAUGGAAACAGACUUCCUUUAUCUUUCUGUUAACCAUUAACGUCAUUGAAUGGCAGUGCACGCCUAAAGACAAGCCCUGCUCAAACAAUAAAACUGUUUCUGAGAGGGCGAAAUAGAGCUGCUGCUACAUGAAACAAAGAAACGUAGGUUGACCAGGAAUUGUCUAUCUUAGGAGUUAGGACACAUUUUUGACAUCGAUCUAAACUGAUGUAAGCUACAGUAUGACUGUAUGUUGCAACUAUGACAUCAUGAGGUGACCAUAUAUUUUGUCCAACAGAAGUUAGAGGCUUGGCAGCACUGAACCCCAUAAGGACAUUUCACUUGUCCAUCUCACAAUGUUUACAAGUACAUUUCGUUUUUAAUAUUGUCCUAUGAGCUUUUUUAUUUGAAACAUUAUGCUCCUCAGUGAGGACUUUUUGUUUGUUUUAUAUUAAUUUUGUGAAUACUUUGUGGAUAAUUGAUGCAAUACUUUGAUAACAGAGAUUUUCUAGCAAAUAUGUCAGACUUUAAUUUUUAGGUCUAAGUGCUACUGAGAAGGUGCUUGUGAACUUGACCUGGCACCUGUAUUCUACAUCCCCGUCCACAGUGGUGAUAAGCAAUAUAGCACAUUAACGACCUUUGUACCCUAUGGAUUUCCCUACCUUUAUUCAUACAGACAUUACUUUUGUAUGUCCAUAUGGCUGCCUCAUCAUGCUUUAUGAUUCCGAAGGUGAAAACAAAACCUUUUACCUAUUUGUAUUUCCAACUGACAAUUCUCAGAUUUUUGCCAAACACAGUACCUACACAUUGACUAGAAUAACAUAUGAGUGUUACUGUGUGGAAUGACAACACUUUGAUUAUCUACAAUAGGGUAGCUUAGACCUUGACACCUUGUUACUCCACACAAUAAAGUAUGGGAGCGGUGUACUGUACUAUGUUUUUGAGCUUCAGUCAGGGUCCUUUUAUCCCAUUGACAGUGAUUAUAUGAGGAACUGCAAAGUUUUUUUUAAUGGCUGAGCGGUACUACAGAUGUAGGAUCUUAAUUUGAUCACCUGGUUGCAGGAGAACUUUCCUGGUUUAAGAAGGCUUCUGAAGUUUGUAAUUUUCACUUUGAAAUGUCAAACUUGUCCAUUAAUUAUAAUCCACAUAACAAUUCACAUUUCUUGUUGCUGCAGGAUUAUUUUCCUGCUGUAGCAAAUUUGCUGUAGCAAAUUAAGAUCCUACAUCUGUAGGCUACCCUGCCAAAUUUCAGGUGGCUGAAAUUUUGGACAUUUUACAUAUACUACAUGAUAGACUUUUGUAUGAAGAAAUAAUCCCACAGAUCUCAAAUCAUUAGUCACCAAACAAAUGAUCAAUCACAAACAAACGCUUUGUCAGUCAGCAACAGUGGCGACCUGUCGUUCAGGGCAGGUGGUGCUUUUGAGCCCCACAUUUAUAGCAAAAAAAAGCCGUUUUUUGGGGGGGUUGCCUAUUUUGGUAUUAAUACGUGUCACAUAUCAGUUUGCAAACAAUGUAAAAAAUAAAAUAAAAAUAAUCAUAAUAAUCAUUGAGUUAAUAAAGCUGCAUACAAACAUG